GCUUUGCCGCUGGCCACCAACAAAUUGCCGAUUUCGAGCAACGUUGUUGUGGCGUUCUCGUUCCAAAUGGCCAUCCUUAUCUACAACAUGACGAAAAAAUACGGCAAUGCGACCGAUGCCCUCUACCAGAAGUGCAACAGCUUUAUCCUCGGGGACCAAUCGCAAACGUGUGAAAGUGCCGAAACCACGCCGAACAACGAACUCACACCGAUCGGAAUCACCAGUACUCAACGAAGAACGCUGUUUUACUCAUACGACAUUGAGGACACGAUGAAGAAAAAGACCGAGUACGUCAUGGCGGCGAAAGACAGGCGGGCCAAGUUCACGUGGUUCCUGUUCAACGUGCACCUGACGGACAUCUCGAAGAAGUGCUACACAGACGGACCAUUCGUGCGUCUCAAUGCAUUCAGAAAGUUAUACGACACUCUAAGCAAGCGACCUCCACCAUGAGACCCAGCGCUCCCCGUCGUCGACCUCUGAGCGAUCACAAGAGCGCCGUAUCGCUGUGGGUUGCUCCACCCGGUGUGCUUUGUGGGGUGUGCCCGGUUCUGGGCAGUAUUUUACGAGCAGAAUUUAGCAAUAUUGCGUGAUUUCUUUUGUUUUCUUCCACGGAAUACGAAAGAGUCCAUAUAGGGUAUGGACCAAUUUUACUACGUCAAGCCUGUCCUCAGGCUGGUUACACGGGAAGUCAUGCUUGUAGCAUCAACAAAAAUUAUAGAUAAAAGAACUAACCAAAUGUGUCCCAAUCUGAGUAAGAUGCUACAAAGACAGCGAAGCUGCGUAAGUCAGCUUUCGCAUCCUUUGGUGGAAGUGCUAGGGGUCUGUUUCCUCCCUGUUGUUCGUGAUGAUUCAUUGCCGACGCCCUGGUUAUGCGGCCGAACCGGGGUUCUGAGGACAGCUGCGUUGCUGAACCGCGAGUUCGGACCAUUCACCGCCACAGCCCUAGAAACUCCUAGCUGAGCUCCAACGCGCCGCGAGUAAAAUGCGACACGCGAAGUAAAAAUAACGGAUUCCUCGAUAAAAAAAGUACCCGCAAGGAAGUCGUCUGUUCAUGUGAGGUAUAUGUCACCUAACGUUUACGUUUAAGGCGUUAUAAAUAAACAAUUAUCGGC